CUAACUGGGUGUUGGUGCUUAGUACAAGAUGGAGCUACCCAGCUGUGUACGUGAGGGAGAGGCUCCCUGGAAGAAGAUGUCUAAAGAGGAGCUGCAGACCCAGUACAGCCCCAGCAAAUGGGCCAUCCACCGAGAAGCAGAGGAGACCCUGAAGACCUUUUCACAGAUAGGAGAGCAGGCCACCAAGAAGGCCCGGGCUAGCAGGAAGAACCUGCUGGGGGUGGCCUAUGGAGACCAUGAAGCGGAGAAGCUGGACAUCUACUUUCCCAUGGGAGAGUCUGAAGUCUGGCCUCUCUUUAUGUUUAUCCAUGGAGGAUACUGGCAGAGUGGCAGUAAAGACCAAUCGGCCUUCGUGGUCAACCCACUGACAGGACAGAAAGUGGCCGUGGUGAUAGUUGGUUAUGACAUUGCCCCCAAAGGCACCCUGGACCUCAUGGUUGACCAAGUGACCCGCAGCAUCUCGUUUUUGCAGAAACAAUUUCCACGCAAUGAAGGCAUUUACCUGUGUGGACACUCUGCUGGGGCCCACCUGGCCACCAUGAUGCUCCUGACCGACUGGACCAAGCAGGAAGUCACCCCCAAUCUCAAAGGCCUUUUCCUCGUGAGUGGCAUCUACGACCUGGAGCCCAUCAUACACACCACGAUGAAUGAGUCACUUUCCUUGACCCUGGAGGCUGCUCAGAGGAACAGCCCACAGCUGCUGCUGGAGGCAACCCAGACCCAGCCCGGGGACCCAGCCGCCCAGGUACUAGUGAUCGUGGGCCAGCAAGACUCCCCUGAAUUCAAACGGCAGUCCAAGAACUUUUAUAAGAUGUUGCUCCAGAAAGGCUGGAAUGCCUCCUUUGAAGAGUUUCAGGAUGUGGAUCACUUUGAGAUUGUUUGGAACCUCACCAGGGAGGACUUUGAGCUCACCCAGGUUAUUUUGAAAACAAUCUUCCAGGAGUCAUGAUUACAUCUAGAUGUCAACUAGCUGUAUUCCAACUUGUGAAUCUUCUGGAAAGAUGCCUGAUGGCUUCCCUUCCACCACCCCUCAGCUACCCUCAGCCUGAUACUCACAGUCUGCCCUGCCCUCCUGUCCCUGCCACAACUGACUUCUCGCUGCGCUGAACAUGAACACAACUCCUCGCGGCCUCUCUCCUCAUUUGGACAGAAUAGACACUGGGAAGGUCCUAGAAGUUGAGGCAACCAUGCAAAGUUUCUUUCUCUCUCUUCCUUCCUUUCUUUCUUUCUUUCUUUCUUUCCCUUCCUUCCUUCCUUCCUUCCUUCCUUUCUUUUUUCUUUCUUGUCUACCUUGUUAAGGGUCAGGAAUCAUGAUCCAAGGGACUGGUGUCAUGGAUCCAUUGUUCACGCUGUAUCCGUAGUGGCUGAUAAGUAGUAUAUCUCAGGUCACUGUCUCCUGCCCCUUCAGAAUUAGGAGAUUUGGGGUGCAGUCUCCUUACAGACCCAGACCAGCUGACUUCAGACUCCUGGAUUACAAAUAUAGCUAAGGAAGGUGGGCAGCCGGGUGGUGGCAUACCGGGUUAAGUGCACAGAGUACUAAACACAAGGACCUGGGGAUUGAGCGGUGGCAUCCCUGUUUGAGCCACCAGCUCCCCACCUGCAGUGGCUAAUCAGGUCUGCAGGUGUCUGUUUUUCUCUCCACCUCUCUGUCUUCCCUCUUCUCUCAAUUUCUCUCUGUCCUAUCCAGCAACAACUACAUCAAUAACCACAACAAUGUUAAACAACAAGGCCAACAAAAGGGAAAAUAAGGGGGUCAGGCGGUGGUGCAGUGGGUUAAGCGCAUGUGGCACAAAGCACAAGGACCGGUAUAAGGAUCCCGGUUUGAUCCCCCGGCUCCCCACCUGCAGGGGAAUCACUUCACAGGUGGUGAAGCAGAUCUGCAGGUGUCUAUCUUUCUCUCCCCCUCUCUGUCUUCUCCUCCUCUCUCCAUUUCUCUCUGUCCUAUCCAACAACGAACAACAUCAACAAUGGCAAUAAUAAUAACCACAAAGAGGCUACAACAACAAGGGCAGCAAAAGGGGGAAAAAUGGCCUCCAGGAGCGGUGGAUUCAUGGUGCAGGCACUGAGCCCAGCAGUAACCCUGGAGGGAAAAAUAAAUAAAAAAUAAAUAAAUAAAACAAAAGGGAAAAUAAAUAAAAUUUUUAAAAAGGAAAAAGAAAUAAUAAUAAAAAAAUCUGACUUUCAGUUUACUCUAGAGAUUUUUUUUUUUUAAAUGAAUGUCAUCAGGGGCCAGACAGUGGCACACACAUUACCAUGAAUAAGGACCCAGGCUUAAGCUCCC